AUGUCGUCAUGGUUCUCCACCGCCUCGUCCUUCCUCGACGCCAUGGACCAGUCUGCCUCCACCAAACUCGAGCCACUGAAGAAGGCACUGGACACCGAUGCCGCCAACGACUCGUUUGCCGAGUUUGACGAGUUUGUGGAAGCCGACGACACAGCCACGCCUCCGGCCACCGUGGCUACCACGACGACGACGACGACGACGACUGCACCACCCGCCACAUCCAUACCCACUACUACCACCACCAAGAUCAUAUCCGCCACGCCUUUGUCUCCGAUGAAGCCAUCGUCUGUACAGGCACCACGCGUGCAUGCAAUGGCACCUGAUCUGGCACCGAAUACAGGUACCGGUAGUGAUGCAGCUGCCGUGGCUCUGGCAAGGGCUGGACUGGCUAGUGGAUCAAGCUCGCCAUCAGGAAAGAGCACUGCUGCGCAGAGUCUACGGCCGUCGCCGUUUGUGUCACGCUCGCCAUCGGCCUCAUCGGCCGAUCUCAUGGCCUUCCUCAACACCGGCUCGCCGUCCAAGCUGGCCGAACCCGCCAGCUUGCCAGAGCUUGCCUCGUCGCCGACUGAGCGUGGCUCGGGCUCGGGUGCGGGCGCGAUGAGCAGCGAGCUUACGGUAUCACAAGAGCCCGCGCUUGUCGCGCCGUCGCCGCCCGCAUCUGCCACGGCUGCGCAGGAGGAGGACGACGACGAUUUGGAGACCGCGGUGCUGAAGCGCGAGCUUCGGACGGCGCGCGCGCGGAACACAGCGCUGCAGGAGACGCUGCGCAAGGCCAAGAUUGCGGUCCGACGCUCCAAGGAGGCGGCCGCGGAACGCGAGGCCGAGCUGCAGGCAGCGCUGGCGGCAGGGGACAAGACCCAGGCUAUGGUGGACGAGGCCAACGGCGAGAUCAACGAGCUUAAGGCUGCUGCGGCCGGGCUUGAGGCGCAGCUGGCGUCGGCGCACUCGGCGAAUCGUGACUUGCAAACCCAGCUGGAGGCUCGCAAGACGGCGCUCCUCUCGUCGGGCAGCCAGUUUGAGGAGGAGCGGGCGAGGCUGAGUGAGCGAAUUAGCGAGCUCGAGGCCGAGGUUGCGGCUCGCGACGAAAAGGUGGCCGCAGCGCGCGGCGUGACGUCGGCCCGCGAGGCCGAGCUUGAGACCGAGCUUGCUGGCAUGGCCGAGGCUCUGGGUGCAAGCCAGGCCGAGGCUGCAGCCGAAGCAGAGGCCCGUGCCGACGCUGUUGCCGGCCUCGCCGAGACCCGCGCCGCGCUGGCGUCGGUCAAGCGCGAGUUUAGCGAGUACCAGGCCCGCGCGUCGUCGGUCCUACAAGAGAACAACAAGGUCAUUGCUGAGCUCCGAGCUGGCUCCAAUGGCUUCGGCGGCCCGGGGGCUGCUACCGCUGCCGCCGGCGACGCAGCCCAGCUUCGGCUCGAGCGCGACGAGCUCAAGCUUGCGCUCGCAUCCGCUACCGCACAACUUAACGAAGCAAUGACCAGGUCCGAGGAAGUAGCCGUUGCUGCCGCCGCCGAGAAGGAGCUUCUGGUCUCGCAGCUCCGCGCCGCAACCGAGGCGGCGACCCGUGCAGAGGCUAGCGUGGCUUCGCUGGAGCGCGAGGCUGUGUCGCGGUUGCAAGUUGCGGCCGCUGCGUCUGAAGAGGCGCGCGCGGCCGAGGAGGCCACCAAGGCCGCGGUAGCAGCCGCAGCCGACCGCGAGGCACAGUUGCUAGCCCAGCUCGACUCGGCUCGCCGCCUCAAGCCCAGCGAAGCCGAGCUCCGCGAGCAACUGGCUGCCGUCGGCGACACUGUGUAUGCCAAGCAAGCGGUCAUCGAAGAGCUCUCGACUGAGAAGCAGACGCUGAUGCUGCGGCUGGAGGGGCUCGAGCGCGAGCUCGCUGCCCUCCGCAAGCAGCAGCCGGCCGGAGUCUCGCUCCCGGGCGCCACCCUUAUCGACAUGCCCAGCUUUGACCAGCUUGAUGACGGGGCCUACGCCUCGGGCCCACGGCAUCGGUUCAAGCCCACCGCCGCCGCCCUGCCGUUCCUCGACGAGCGCAACCCGAGCUCCGGGCCGGUAGCCAAGCGCGUCGGCUCGGCUGCGCGUGUUCUCGACACCUUUUCGCUCUCGCUCGGCGGCUUUCUGCAACGCUACCCGCUUGCCCGUCUCGGCGUCGUCGGCUACAUGCUCAUGGUCCACUGCCUUUUGUUCUGGGUCAUGGCCUUUGUUUCACCCGAGAUCCACGUCGGCGGGGGCGCUGCCCGCGUCCAGUCGUCGCCGGCCGCCCCGGGAUCGCGCGGCUGAGGCGCCUCGCCUCCUCCCCCCAAAAAUGGUAGCUUUGCAAAGUUUAGCCAAGCCGAGCUGUCUUGGCUCUUUCCACCACCUGCAACCGAACCG